GAAGGGCUGAGCAGGGGCAGGCGGCCGCCCCGCCCCGGCGCGCCGCCUCCCGGGACCGCCGCGGCCGCUCGGCAGCGCUGCGAGGAUGGAGCCGCCCGAGGAGGUGCGGGCGCGGCUGGAGCGGGCCGGGCAGGGCCACCUGCUGCGCUUCUGGGCCGAGCUGGACCCAGCGCAGCGCACGGAGCUGCUGGCCGCGCUGCCGCCCGGGCUGGGCGAGCACUGCCGGCUGGCGGCGGCCUGCGCCCGGCAGCGGGAGAACUUGGAGCGCCUGGACGGCCGCGUGGAGCCGCUGCCCGCCGCGCUCCUGGGCAGCGCCCGGCACUGCGGCCCCGCGGCGCUGCGGCGCUGGGAGGACGAAGGUUUGCAGCAGAUCUCACAGAACAAAGUGGCAGUGCUGCUGCUGGCUGGAGGACAAGGAACCCGCCUGGGAGUGAGCUACCCCAAGGGCAUGUACAACGUGGGACUGCCCAGUGGCAAAACCUUGUAUCAGAUCCAAGCAGAAAGAAUCCGCAAAGUGGAGCAGCUCGCUGGCCAGAGGCACCACUGCAAGUGCACUGUCCCCUGCUACAUAUACAUGACCCGAAUUGCAAAUGUAUCCAUCCCUGAUGUUGUUGGAAGCCAUCAGCAACACCUGCUGAUAAUGUUUACAGUUUAUUUCCCUUGGGUUGAAGAGGCAGCUGGCUGCUGCAGUACCCGGAGGACAGUAUCUACUGUGCUGCAAAUAUGUAAAUCAGUGUGUAUGAGGCUCUCAGUGCAGACUAUGGAUAUUCUGUUGUGCUGGCAGAGGACCUACAUACACCUACUUGAAGGGCUUGACAGGUACAUCAUGACAAGUGAGUUCACGCUGGGGCCAACAGAGGAGUUCUUUGUAAAACACAGCUACUUCAACCUGGAUAAAUCCAAUGUAAUCAUGUUUGAACAGAGGAUGCUGCCAGCUGUCACCUUUGAUGGGAAGGCCAUCUUGGAGGAGAAGGGGAAAAUUGCAAUGGCUCCAGAUGGCAAUGGUGGCUUGUAUCGUGCUUUGGUGGAUAAUAAAAUCUUGGAUGACAUGAAGCAGCGUGGUAUCCAGUACAUCCAUGUGUACUGUGUAGACAACAUUCUUGUCAAAAUGGCAGAUCCAGUCUUCAUAGGCUUCUGUGUUUCCAGAGGAGCAGAUUGCGGUGCCAAGGUGGUGGAGAAGGCCUACCCCACAGAGCCUAUUGGGGUGGUGUGCUGCGUGGAUGGGGUCUCUCAUGUGGUGGUGGAGUACAGUGAGAUCAGCCCAGAGACUGCGCAGCAGCGAAGGCCGGAUGGGGGGCUGAUGUACAGCGUUGGCAAUAUCUGCAACCAUUUCUUCACUGUUGAGUUUCUGCAGACAGUGGCCCAAAAACACGAGUCUCAGCUGAAGCACCAUGUGGCCAUAAAGAAGGUGCCUUACAUUGACGAGGAGGGAAAUCUGGUAAAACCACUAAAACCGAAUGGAAUAAAGCUGGAGAAGUUUGUGUUUGAUGUGUUCCAGUUCUCUAAGAAUUUUGUGGCAUUUGAAGUUUUGAGAGAAGAGGAGUUCUCGCCAUUAAAAAAUGCAGACACAGCUGAGAAAGACAAUCCUACCACUGCUCGGCAGUCCCUCCUGGCCCAGCACUACCGCUGGGCUCUCAAGGCUGGGGCCAGAUUUCUGGAUGAAGAAGGCUGCAGGAUACCAGAGAAGCUCAGUUUUUCAGGAACCGAAGAUCCUCCGGCUGUGUGUGAGAUUUCUCCAUUAGUAUCUUACUUUGGAGAGGGUCUGGAGGUGUACAUGAAGAACAAAGACUUCUGUUCUCCCCUUAUACUUGACGAAGAUAAAGCAGAAAUGCUAGGAAGUUCUUGAAGAGGAGGGAGGUCUUCUCCCCCGUCAAAUCAGUUGCUUGUCUGUCAGAGCAAUUAUAAGAACUGACCCUACUAAAAUGUCAUAUGAAGUGCCUUAUGAAAACUUGCUUUGCAGUAUUAGGUUGAUGCCAAAUACUUGUAACAGUUGUAUAUACACAUCUGUGCCCACUCACCAGAUCUGUUUGGUGACUUUGAAGUCUGAGCCUUUUACCUUGAUCUGUUUUGUCAACAGUGAUAUGAAUGACAAUUAAUACUUUCCAGGUACCAGACAGAUUUUAUAUUUCCUUUCUCUAGUGCAUACAAAUAUAUAGCAGAGCCAGCUGAAAUCUAAUCGAUCAGCUUUGCAUUCAUGAAGAUUAGAUCUCUGCAGUGCCUACCUUUGUAUCUUGUUUGUGCUGUUGUUGUUGUUGUUGUUUUUGUAUGUUUGCUUGUUUGUUUUAAGCUGUGCAGAGCUGAAGAAGAAUCACUGUGAUGCCCCAAUCUGAAAAAUAUGGAAUGACCUUGUGUACUAGACCAGUUCUGUCCAAAGAUCAAUCUUUUCUGUAAUCCUCUGCUGGUCAGGAGGUGCAGUUCAGCAUUCACAUCCUACAAUCAGUGUGUAUGGAGGAGUGUGCUGCAGUUGGGGUCCUUCUGUGUUAAAAUUUUGCUUGAGAAGUGGACCCUGCAGCGGGUAGGACUGGCUUGCAUAUGUAGGCUCAGUGGUGGCAUUCCAAAACAAAAACCUAAGUAAAUAUGCAGCUCAGACUGAUUGCUUUUGACAGCUGCAGUGACCUGCAGGGGGGGAAGAGGACAAAAAAGAAGGCUGAGAACUCUUUUCACAACAGCCUUCUCUUCCUCUCUUAUGACAAUCAUUUAUUUUGCUUUUCAUUUUUCUGUUUGAUACAUAUAACAUCCCUCAGGGAGCCACUCCUGUGAAGUGCCUGAAGGUGACAGUGACAGGAGUGACAGGAGUAACAAGCUGUGAGGGAGAAUUUGAGGCUUAAUCCCAACAUAAGCAAUGUAUACAGUAAAACGCCUCAGCUUCUACAAUUUCUGGCCAAGUGGUUUUCCAGCGCUUUUUCAGUUAAGGAAAGAACUCUUUAGAUGCCUUGCUUUUAACCAAGAUUACAGACGAUGAUAUAUCAACUAACUAAGGAAGGUAAUUUGCAGACUUUCAGUAGCACAGCAGCUCAGCCCUGGUGGAGGGGUCACAGGGUGGCCGUGCCUUACAGCUCCUGCUCUGCCCCAGCAGAUCCUACACACCAAAGUCAUUUCACACCCUAGGAGGACUCUUCAGGUGCAUUACUGAGUGAGGUUGGGAUGAUGAGCACACACUGCAUUUCCCCCAGUGAGCUGUAGGGAAGGUGAUGAAUCAUAGGAUCAUAGAAUCAUAGAAUGGCCUGGGUUGAAAAGGACCACAAUGCUCAUCCAGUUCCAACCCCCUGC